AUGCCACCGGUUAAGUACCGCGUUCAGUUAGUUAAGGAAAGUAAAAGCAUCGACCACUCCAUCACACAGAACACAGAUCUACGUAGAAUUAAUGUGCGACUGAAGCGGCCGAACCCGCUGUUCGAAUUGUGGUUGGAAGAGAUGAUUGCCAAAGCGGAAGAAAAAAAUACGCUUGGUAAAAUGGCACUCCAGAAAGCACUCAACUCCUUGCGACGGUAUCCGCUUCCGCUGGCUUCGGGGCGUGAUUGUAUUGUGCUGAUGGAUUUCGGCAAAACGAUCUGUGAUAAUCUCGAUCGACGGCUGAAGGCAUACCUUGCGAGCGGUGGUCGUGUCACGACGGAUCACAGUGCCUCGAUCGAGACGAUCUUGAAUGACGAGCGAGCGUCAUACUACCGUGAGCUAACGGAAUCUGUCCAUAGAUGUGUGGAAGAAACAGUACAAGAAGUGGAAAAAGAGACACCGACAGUGGAGGAAGAAAUGCCAGACGAUUCUAUAUUCGAUCACGUAGCGGAUGCGGCUGCUGCUGCUGGUGGGUCCUUACGAGGGGCAGAUUUUGUUCGUAUAUCGGACGCGAAAGCGAUUCUGCUGGUGGACACGUGCGAAACGAUAGGCAAAUCGAAGAGUGGUCUCGAUCGAACACUGCAACAACUGGCACAGCACUCGAUCGCACAUGAAGUCCGCCGGCUAAGCGUUGGCGAUUUUGCGUGGAUCGUAAAAGACGAUGCCGGACGCGAGUUUCUGCUGCCCUACAUACUAGAGCGCAAACGGAUUGAUGAUUUGGCAAGCAGCAUCAAGGAUGGCCGGUUUCACGAGCAAAAGUUUCGCCUCAAACAGUGCGGACUGCCGAACAUCAUCUACCUGGUAGAGCAUUUCGGAAACAAUCGGCAGGUCGGUGUACCGGAGGCAACGCUAACACAGGCAGCCCUUAACACUUACGUCCAGGGGUUCACGGUGAAGUACACGGAAAACCAUCAUCACACGGUACUCUACCUUUCAGUGAUGACGAACUUUCUCAACAAUUACCUUAAGGAUAAAAUGUAUCUGAACGUAACCAAUCGAUCCUCGCCGGAUGUACGUCACGAUGCUUUCCACUUUUCGAGUCAAACGAUUCCACUGCUUGCGUUUGAUUAUUUCUACAAACAAUCUUCGAAAACGCGCGACAGUACCGUCCGGGACGUCUUCAUGAAGCAGCUGCUGCAGAUAAAGCUGCUAACGAUCGAGAAGGUGAACGCAAUCGUCGAUAAGUAUCCGACCCCGCAGUGUUUGUUCCGGGCGUACGAGCGUUGCACGAGCGAGACCGAGCGCCAGCGCUUGCUAAACCUACCGUACGGACCGACGAACCGGAUGAUUGGAGAGAAGUUGAGCAAAGUCAUCCACCAGCUGCUGAUGAGCGAAAGGUACAACACUACGUAGAGG